UUACAUAAUUUUUGUCUUCAAACUUCUUAGUUAUCACAUUCACAUUUUCUCUCUCUUUCUCUUUCUCUCUCUCUGUCAUCCACUAGCUGCUGAUAUUGAUGUCUAUGAGUCCAUCAAUAAAUGCCAGUAAGUAAACCACCAUGCACAUUCCAACUCAACCUUUGAAUAAAGGUGAAACACAGACUUUAACCUAAGACAAGAGGAGGAUAGUAGUAUCUAGGAAGUUUCACCAUCCUUAGAGAUUCCGAACUCCCAGAAAAAAAAAAGUUUUGGGAUUUGAACCCCUUUCGAAGGAGAAUCCACAAAUCAUGGCUCAAAAUGGAAGUGGGGAUAGAGUGGUGGAUAAUGGUUUUGAGUCAGUUGAGCAUGUAGAUGAACAUGAUCAUGGACUGAGCCAAAAGGGUAGCUUCAAACUCAAAGAGGAAGAGGUUUCUGUGGAGAGGGUGUUCCAGCAUCUUCUGGUGCCAUCAUGGAGGAACCAAUUGACUCGGAGAGCCUUUGGGGUCAGCUUUUUACUCAGCAUAUUGUUCAGUUUCAUUGUGAUGAAGCUCAACCUCACCACUGGUAUUAUUCCUUCUCUGAAUGUCUCUGCUGGCCUUCUGGGGUUCUUCUUUGUCAAGACUUGGACCAAGUUCUUGGAAAAAUCUGGCAUGUUGAGACAACCCUUCACAAGACAAGAGAACACUGUCAUCCAAACCUGUGUUGUGGCUUCUUCUGGCAUAGCCUUUAGCGGAGGUUUCGGAAGUUACCUCUUUGGAAUGAGUGAAGAAAUAGCUGAUCAAUCCACUGAUACAAGUGAUUUUAAGGACCCAAGUUUAGGGUGGAUUAUAGCUUUUCUCUUUGUUGUUAGCUUUCUCGGCCUUUUCUCUGUUGUACCUCUCCGAAAGAUUAUGAUCAUUGACUUCAAAUUGACAUAUCCAAGUGGUACUGCAACUGCACAUCUCAUCAACAGCUUCCACACUCCUCAAGGAGCCAAACUUGCAAAGAAGCAAGUGAAAAUGUUGGGAAAAUUCUUCAGUAUGAGUUUUUUGUGGGGCUUUUUUCAAUGGUUUUAUACAGCUACUGACCAGUGUGGAUUUCAAGCCUUCCCUUCAUUGGGGCUUAAAGCAUAUGAAAACAGGUUUUAUUUUGAUUUUUCUGCAAUCUAUGUUGGAGUUGGAAUGAUUUGCCCUUAUAUCAUAAAUAUAUCAGUGCUUCUUGGGGGAAUUCUUUCUUGGGGAAUAAUGUGGCCUAUCAUAAAAACCAAAGAGGGUCAUUGGUAUGACAAAGGCCUUGGUGAAGGCAAUCUUCAUGGCAUCCAAGGUUAUAGGGUAUUUAUAGCCAUUGCCUUGAUCUUAGGAGAUGGUUUAUAUAACUUUGUAAAAGUGAUAACUCAUACCCUCUGGGGGUUGUAUCAUCAAAUCCGAGAGAGACAACGGGAGAAUGUACUUCCAGUUGCAGAUCAAGAUUCCCCCUCAAAUCCUGAGUUAUCUUAUGAUGAUCGCCGCCGCACCCAACUUUUCCUUAAAGAUCAAAUUCCCACAUGGUUUGCAAUUGCAGGUUAUGUUGCUAUUGCUGCCAUCUCAACAGCCACACUGCCACACAUCUUCCACCAGCUAAAAUGGUACUACAUAAUUGUUAUCUAUCUGGUUGCUCCCACCUUAGCAUUUUGCAAUGCUUAUGGUUGUGGACUAACUGACUGGUCCCUUGCAUCCACUUAUGGAAAGCUGGCCAUCUUCACCAUCGGAGCGUGGGCCGGUGCCACACGAGGUGGAGUUCUCGCCGGCCUAGCCGCCUGUGGAGUGAUGAUGAACAUCGUUGCCACAGCCUCAGACCUGAUGCAGGAUUUUAAGACCGGCUACCUUACACUGGCUUCACCACGCUCCAUGUUUGUGAGCCAACUAAUCGGCACAACAAUGGGUUGUGUGAUUUCUCCUUCUGUGUUUUGGAUUUUCUACAAAGCUUUUCCUGAUCUUGGGAAGCCUACAAGUGAAUAUCCUGCCCCAUAUGCAAUCAUAUACCGUAAUAUGGCCAUAUUGGGGGUGCAAGGUUUUGGCUCUCUACCAAAAAACUGCCUCUUGCUUUGUUGCAUAUUCUUUGCUGCAGCAGUUGUGAUAAACUUGUUCAAAGAUUUUCUUGGCAAGAAAGGGAAGUUUGUUCCACUUCCAAUGGCCAUGGCAAUACCCUUCUACAUAGGGCCAUACUUUGCCAUUGACAUGUGUGUUGGAAGUCUUAUAUUGUAUGUGUGGGAAAGGAUUAACAAAGCUAAAGCAGAUGCAUUUGCACCAGCUGUGGCUUCUGGUUUGAUAUGUGGGGAUGGAAUAUGGACUCUUCCUGCUUCAAUACUUGCCCUUGCAGGAGUUAAGCCACCAAUUUGUAUGAGGUUCUUGUCCAGAGCAACAAAUUCCAAGGUUGACACUUUCUUAGGGAGUUAAGGUCUUGUUUGGUGUCUUGUGAAAAGUGUCUGGUUUGUAAAUCUGAAACAUUGUGGUUUUAAACUUUUGCAGCCAUAUAGUUGAUCAAAACAACAGUAGAAGGAAAAAUUAGUGUGUAUUUAAAUGUCAGAAAGAAAGAGUAUAUGUUUAGAUUGCAUUUGUUUAAUAUGAAGCUCCCAAAACAUGUCCAUUUCGAA